GCUCCGCCCUCAGCACCAAGAGACCUCUUUACUCAUGGCUGAAGGGAAAGCAGGAGUUCUCUGUGGCUUCUCUGGGUCACUUUAAAGUCUGUCAACAAGAAAGGAAUGAGCGCAUGAGUGAGUAAAUCGUGACUGAGAGUCCUGAGAAGCAUGGGAGGAAGGAAGACGGCAAGAGACGAGGAAAGCACCUAUGGCUUGGAGAUGGAUUCACAGGUCCCAAGGGGGCCCCCACUGAGGCUCAUCCUGGUAGGUAGGACCGGGACCGGCAAGAGUGCCACUGGUAACACCAUCCUGGGCCGGACGUGCUUUGUAUCCAAGCUGGGGGCUGUGCCUGUUACCAGAUCCUGCUCCUGGGCCAACAGGAAAUGGGCCAGCUGGUAUGUAGAGGUGGUGGACACCCCGGACAUCUUCAGCUCUGAGGUCAAACAGACGGACCCUGCGUACUCGGAGACAGCCCACUGCUUCCUACUGACUUCGCCCGGGCCGCACGUGCUGCUGCUAGUCACCCAGCUGGGUCGCUUCACCACUCAGGACAGCCAGGUGCUGGCCGGGGUAAAGCGGGUGUUCGGGGAAAAGGUGAUGGCGCGGACUGUUGUGGUGUUCACUCGCAAGGAGGACCUGGCAGGAGAGUCUCUGCAGGAUUACGUGCGAUGCACAGACAAUCGCGCGCUGCGGGAGCUGGUGGCUGAGUGCGGGGGCCGCGUGUGCGCCCUAAACAACCGAACCACUGGCCCCGAGCGCGAGGCACAAGCUGAGGAGCUGCUGGGCCUGGUCGCUGGCCUGGUGAGGGAGCACGGGGGCGCGUACUACUCCAAUGAAGUGUAUGAUCUGGUGAGGACCCUGCGGGACUCUAGCCCCCAGGACCAAGUCAUCAAGGUGGCAGAGAUGGUGGCAAGACGCAAGCAGAGGCCCCUGCGCACCACGCUGCUAACUGGGCUGUGGGAAUGGCAGAAAUCUUACAGGAAGAGCUGGAGACGGGGCGUGGCUAUUUUCCUGAGUGUGGCCUUCCUGAUCUACCUGCUGGUCUACAGAAAGGAGCCUCAGGCCAUUGGGGACCAGAACAGCAGAUAAUGCUGGUCUUAGAAGAUGUUUUAAUAGGAAGAAAAUCUUUUAAAAAGGAAUCCUUAGAUCUCUGCUCAGAGCUCGCAGUACUGCGGGAAACACGGUAUCAGCUUUGCAAAGGCUUCGGAGGUGAUGAGUCUCAACUUUAACUAUAUAAUUCAGAGUUUUAAAAAAUAAAAUUGUUUAAAGUUUUCCUUUA